ACUACAACAGCCAAGAGUGAUCAGAGAAGCAAUAGCAACUUCAACCCCCCCCCCCCCCCCCCACGAAAAAAAACAACUGCUACCCACAGAUGGAUUCUUCUUUUUUCCAAUCGGAUUCUUCUUCCUUCUUCCAGUCCUCCCAAAAUUCUAAUGAAUUCUCGCCGGAAUCUUCCUUGGGUUCGCCGGAGUACUUCUCAUGGGAUGGGCUCAUUUUCAAUGAAAGUUUCCUCCCAUUCAAUGAGAAUGACUCGGAAGAGAUGCUACUCUUGGGUGUUCUGGCAGAGGCUGCCAGAGAGUCAUCGGAGACCCAAUUCCGCACCCAGAUUAAGGACGAAGAAGUGAGCUCCAAACAGAAAGAAGAGCCCAAGACCAAGGAGAAGUCCUACAGAGGCGUUCGAAGACGGCCAUGGGGGAAAUUCGCGGCAGAGAUAAGGGAUUCCACAAGGCACGGCAUACGGGUUUGGCUGGGGACAUUCGAUAGUGCAGAGGCUGCGGCUCUGGCCUAUGAUCAAGCCGCUUUCUCGAUGCGUGGAUCGAUGGCAGUCCUCAAUUUUCCAGUGGAGCACGUCCGUCAAUCACUCCGAGACAUGAAGUACGGUUGCGAAGACGGUGUUUCGCCAGUGGUGGCGCUGAAGAGGAGGCACUCCAUGAGACGGAAGUCCACCGGCAAGAAAAACAAAGGGAUAGAGGUUCGGACAGAGAAUGUGGUGGAGUUUGAGGACCUAGGAACAGAGUAUUUGGAGCAGCUGUUGAGUUCUUCUGAGAGUGCCAGUCCUUGGUAAAGUGAAUGAAUCAACAAAAUCUAAUUUCACUUCUUCCUCCCAAAAACAGAGAAAUAUGUCUUCUCCUUCUCUUACUCUCUCACUGUGUCCCGUUUUUGCAGUUGCUGUAUUCUUCUUCUCUUUUUCAUUAUUUCCUUCUUUUAUUCUGUUUUGUUCACUCACGAAGUAACUGUCCUGUUCAUUUGUAAUUUUUUAGUCUGAGAUGGCAGGGAUAAAUUCGCAGGGAUUCGAUUUUAUAAGUUUGUUUAACCAUCCUUGCUUGUUUCAAAACUAUUCCGGGGAUGAUUAAACAACUUUAAUCCUGUGUAUCGUGACUCGUGAGAGAAUAAAAACUAUUCCGGGGCCUCACUUGAUAAUUUAAGCCUUUUA